AUGCCAGAGUCGAGAUCAGAAGAUGUUUUCGACGACCUGGCGCACUUUUUGCUGUUGACGAGUCUAUGCGCGGACGUUGCUCAGGUCUCCCAUACCUAUGCCCAACAAGGUAUCUACAAGCGCUUGCAAGACCCGCGGCUUGGUAAUGUUGGCGCUGGCGCGGACAAGCGUAGCGACCAAGCAACUUCGGCAUGGCUGAAGCACAUCAGCGAACUGGAUGCCGGCGUGACCACCACCGUCGAGCACAUCGACGGCGCCUUGAGCAGAUGGCGUCGAGUCUCGACGGUAAGCGAAGCUCAACAGUACCAAUCUGGUCCCGGAUGUCCCUUUGUCCUGGGUCCUUCGAGCUUCUACUACAUUGCCAAGCACCAACUACGACAACUGCAGACGCAGAUUGGCAUGUCCCACCCUGGCACCCCUGCAAGGUCGCCCAUCCAUGCGACCUACUCUACCGUCACGUCGGACCCAUCCACCACCUUGGCUCCCUCAGCGCGAAUGAGGAGCAUGUCGAUUGGCGGACUAGACGGCAAUCUUUCGCUGCCGCACCUUUCCUCUGCGCGAAGAGCGAGCGCGUUCGAGUGGAGCAGAAGCGCUUCCAAUCGCAGCGACGACCAAUCCUUGCCCCAUACUCCCUCAUCCAUCCAAUCCCCCGCGCCGAGCAUGGCUCAAUUGUACAACCUCGUCAGCCCCGCCGGUUUCUCGCCAAGCCAACACUCCUCCCACACUCCUCUUCCGCUUCACUAA